AUGAAGAAGAAGGCCAAGCAGCAGCUGAAUGUUAAUUUGAAUGAUCUCGAUGAGGGUUUGCACGAUAUUGAUCAGCACACGCAACCCACACACGAAGAAUCGGCAGCUGCAAAUAGCGCGCAGGAUAAACAGCAGCAGCAGCGUAAGAAACUCGAGGAGGCUGCCAACAAAACAUCGAACAAGCCACUUACGCAGAAACAAAAGCAGAAAGCUUUGCAAUUAGAAACUAAGCGUCUUCCUCUAAUCCUCAAUCACCCGCAAUACUCAAAGGAUCCAUUCGGGACGCUCAAGCAGCACGCUGAGAACAUGCUCAAUCAGCGCGUAAAUAUUCCAAACAAGGACAAGAACCAGGUGAAAGACACAGACGCAAUGAUGCAGGAUUAA